AGAGAAAUUAUUUUUAGAGACUAAAUAUUAGCAUUAAAGAUGGCGGGAUUCCGCGAUAGGGAAAAACAAUUUUUCCCACUUCAAAAUAUUCAAGAUGUUGUAAAACUGUUUCGGGACCAGUUGACGUGUGGGGAAGAGCCUAAUUUAUCACUACUAUCUAUUGUUCUUGGAGUCAUUGAAAAUAUUCUGACUGUCAACCGAGCAGUGCCAACAGAAGAUAAUUCUUCAAAUCUGGAGCCGAUAUUCCCGGUCGUUGAACUGCAUACAAUUGAGGCUCUGUAUUCCAAAUUUGAGACACAUAUCAAACGAUCUGUGGAUCUGACCAAAUUUCCGGGUAACCAUGCCACAAGGGAGCUUGUUAAACACGUCUCUGAUGUUAUUUGGGGCUCCCUUACACGAAGUUUUUACAAGGACAAGGCGCAUCUCCAGUCGUUGUACAGUUUUCUAACGGGCAACAAGUUGGACUGUUUUGGAGUAGCAUUUGGAGUUGUGGCAGCGUUUCAGAUCCUAGGAUACAAAGAUGUCCAUCUAGCACUCUCAGAGGACCAUGCUUGGGUUGUCUUUGGAGAAGACCUGGCAGAGACAGCAGAGGUUACUUGGCAUGGAAAGGGAAAUGAAGACAAGAGAGGGCAGCCCAUUACAGCAGGGACUUCAGAGAAAAGCUGGCUGUACUUGAAUGGUCACCCUGUCAUCUGUACCAGACAGAUGGAGGUGUCCUCUAUAGUGAGUGGAAUAAACCCCUCCAUUACUGCCACCACUGACAGCGUGGAGUUAGGCUCACUGCAGCAGGAACUUCUGUGGCUUCUUUAUGACCAAGGGCAUUUAAAAAAAUAUCCGAUGGCACUCGGUAACCUUGGUGAUCUAGAGGAGAUAUCCCCCACAGAGAAUCGACAGAAACCAAUAGAACUAUUUCACGAAGCCAUAGCCAGCAGUCAGGAGUUUUACAAUGACCAGCAUGUCUACCCUUAUACAUAUCUGGGAGGGUAUCUGUACCGGAAACAAGACUACAAUGGGUCACUUCAAGCCUGGGCUGAUGCAGCUUCAGUCAUCAAAAAGUAUAACUACAGCAGGGAAGACGAGGAGAUCUACAAGGAAUUUCUAGAGAUUGCUAACGAUCUGAUUCCCUCCAUGAUGAAACACGUGGCCGGGGAGAACGCAGCCAGGAUUCAUCACACCUCACUUCUGUACAGCCCGGAGAGCUAUGCCAACUUUCUACGAUUCUACGACGGCAUUUGUGAGUGGGAGGAGGACAGUCCUACCCCAGUCCUUCACAUCACCUGGGCCAAACAGCUGGUGUUCUCAAUCUCUAAGUUUGACACCAGUGUAAGAGUCGGGGUGGAGCUAAAAGGAGAAAAUGGGGAUGAAGAUGAAAGCGAGGACAGUGAAGAUGAAGAUAAUAGUGGUGAAACAAAGGACAAAAAUCAGAAUGUCAAGGAAGAAAGUUCACGGAAUAGGACAGAGGAGUCUGAUGUGGAAGGGGGAGUACCCACAGGGAGGGGGAGAGGUGGGAGGCCCAGCAAAAGAAGGACCAUGUCUACAGUCGCAAAAACGUCCACAGUGAAUGGCAACUCAGAGGAAGAUAAGAUAAAGAGUGCUAUUCAAGAACUUGAAAGCAAAGUCGGAGGAGAAGAGAAGGAGGAUAUCAAUCCGAACAUCCCAGACCUGGCCAAAGCCUGCAGCGAGUCCAUUUUGAAUCCCGAGUUUUUGCUGGGAGGUGGAGAACCCUUCACCACGGCAACCACCACAACUUCAGUGACAACGUCAACAUCAGAGGCAUCGUCUAGAGGAGAUCUUGAUGAUUUCCUGAGCAGCAAGUCCAGUGGAUCUCCCUUCAUGGGAAUGACUGUGGACUCCAUGCUGAAAGCGGAGAGUCCGUCUGACAUGAUCAUGUUCAGAAAGAGGCCUCCGUCUGCUCUCACCCACACACCUUCCCCUCUGCUGGAGAACAGGGAGGGACAGUCAGAGACAAUCAUUCCAAGUCCCACUCCUAAUGAACAAGGGCCACCAGUAAUUCUGUGUUUGAGGAGCCAAAAGAUGAAAGGAUUGAAAAAGAUCUUCUCAUCGUCCAAGUUGAAUGCGAGUGCAAUUAAGUUACAGUUGACAGCUCAGUCACAGGUUCAUUUCAAACACAGUAAACGAAGUACGGAUUCCGAUCUAACGACUCACAGAAAGCGGUCGCGGAGAGAGUAAGUGGGAUCUAGGCCGUCUGUCUCUUCUAAUAGGUACCGAAUGACCUCCCUUUUUUAUGUUAACAGGUUGUCUUUCAGCUCAGUGUAGAUCAAAUGUUCACCCACAAGUUCAUCUGUAUAUAGUGAAAUUCAUGUACAUGAAUGUAGCACUCUUUUCUCCAUAAUCACUCAUACAUUUUUAAUCAUAUAUACAUGUACAUCUCAAAUAUUUGUUGUGGCAGACCAAAUCAUGUUACACUUGCAUCAUUGAGUUUUUGGGGUUGCAAUAUAUUGUAGUUUUUGUUUUUUGAGUAUGACAUUGUUAAAUAUUUGUGUGUCUGAACAGUAUUAGAACAGUUUGUCUUCAUUUUCAUGAGUAUUGUGUAAAACGUGCGACAUGUAAGGAAGGGCCCCACACAAUUUAUAUGUACUCUAUUUUAUAACUAAGUUCAAAGAUUUUUUUGUUUCUCCUGUUCCCCUUGUAAAUCACUAAAAAAAAAAAAAAUAACAAAUUUUACACGACAAAAGCAUUUUAUUUGCAAGGUGAAAUUAUAUUUUCUGAAUAGAAACUUUUUUCUUCAAAUGGUAUAAGUGUUUCCUAUUUUGUUAUUUUGCAGUACAUUUUCUAACAUGUUAUAUCUGACAGUUUAAACUCAAACUGGUCAGUGUUUACAUUGCAUCAUAAUGUGAGGCUCUCGCUUACCAGCUAGUUUUCUAUGACCAAAUGACGUUGCAGUUCUGCAAAAAACUUGACCGUAUAUAGAUGAUAGGUUUUUUUUUUUUUGAGUUAUGUAUGUUUUCUUUGAAAUCUUUUUAAAUUACUAGCACCUAGAAUUUCCAAAGAAAAGUAUAUAGUAGCUAAGUUUUGAUGAAUCGGUGUUUAAUUCUUUAAUGUCAGAAGAUUUUAAUAGACAGACUGUACAUCUGUGCUAUGGCCUCUGUGCAUCUGUACUAUGGCCUCUGUACAUCUGUGCUAUGGCCUCGGCACAUUUGUGCUAUGGCCACAGAGGGAGCCUAGCCUUUCAGUGUCUGCUGGACUUUUAUACAUGAUUAGGGCAUUUUUAAAAUGUAUAAAUAUAGGUGUAUUUUUUUCUGCUUGUUUAAUGUAGUGUUCUCCUACUAUAGGUAACUAGACUGUAGAAUUGUAAAUAAUUUACAGUAUUUAAUAUAAUUCUUGGUGCCAUUCUAAUUGCUGCAAUUAAGUGCUAUCUUUAAGACUUCUAGAAAUGAUAACUUUUUUGUGUAAAAGUGCUCUGCAUGAUUUUUUCCUAUUAACAAAAUUUGUAAAUAUUUUUUCUCAGUUAUAUCAUUGUUGAAAUUUUGGAUCAACUUUUACUGAUUGAGAAUUUUCUAUUUUACGAUGUUUUUUGCUCAUGUUUCUUUUUUAACUUUGUACAUACAGCUGUUUUUAAGACUAGCUUGUUGUUAUCUUGUUUCUACGGUAAUAUUACCCUGCCCUCCAUCUUACAAGUUACACAAAAUGUUUAAUGUUAAAAAAUGUGAUGAAGUCAAAUUUUUCGUAGGAGCAGAUGAGUGAUACAAUGUGAAAGAAGUGUAUUUAUUUGAGGUAAUUAUAGUUUUACUUUGACGAUGACUAGUUCUUACAGUCUUACCACAUUUACUGUAGUUGAAAAAAAGAUCAACUGAUUCAGAAUGAAUUUUUUAAUGGUUUAGUGUCAUAAUGUUAAACAUCACAAUGCAGAGACAUUUAUAAGGACAAUUCAGAUAUAAAUUGAUUAAUUUUGAAAAAUAGAUUAUUUACACCAUUGGAAAUGCAUCAAUUGAUUCGGAACCAUUGCAGUGUUAAAUGUAUAGAAAUUAUGAGGAGGAGGGGGAAAAACUGUUGCUAUGGCUGUUGAUUUCUGUAGACAAAUUUUACACUAAAGAUAAAAUUUUUUAUCUGAAAUAUACUUAAGGCAGAUUCUUUUAAAUUUUGGUGAGUGUUGGGUUUUGAGAAUAUCUGAAAACAACAUUUUUGGCUCGUCAGAGUCUUCAGCUCAAUUCCAUAAAGAAAUCUAAAAAGGGAGAUCUUUUUCUGUGAAUUUUUUGUCUACAGAAUAAUGUUAAUCUUUGUUUAAUGAUUAUGCACCGUCCCUUGUUAAGAAUUUUUCUGAUGCAAACCCUGUUAUAACUGUUCUGGAGAGAUAAUUAAUUGACCAAGCAAACUGAGUUUUUCCACUGUGAAAAACCAAAUGUUAGACAUAAGCUUCAAUAUUUAGUGUAAUUUUGUAACUAGUUUAAUCAUGAAUUCAUGUGUUACAUUUGCUUUUAUACACAUUGUCUUUUUAAGAGAAUGUAAAGGAAUUAGAUUAAUAAGUACACUGUAUUUUAUAAUAUUAGCAUAAAGGAUUAUUUUUGUCCCACAUUAUUUUUGCCCAUCACACUAGCACAUGAUUCUACAUUGCUUCUGGGUCUCACAUUUGACUGUGACUGAUUUCUGUGGGGUCAUGGUAAGUGAUGCUGGUCUCCUGAGGGUAUGUCUUAUCCAGCCUUACCCCUGGUGCAAAAAUUUUGUACAAUGAUUUCACCCAAUCUUUAAAUUCAUUCGCAGUUGUCUUUAAUAAAAGAGGGGAAAGUGUUUUAAUGCAUUUGUCCCAUUUUAAAAUUCUCCUGCUGAUAGUGAGGGCAAAAGGGUGAAAAUAAUGUGGGAUAAAAAAAAUCCUUAUAAACGUUAAUCCUGUUUCGCAAUAUUGCUUACUGCACGUCUGAUUUGGUUUCUCUGGAUAAGGUUUUAUAUCGGUGCUCGUUAAAUACGUGGAAGCAGGCAGCUAUGCUAUGUUUGUAUUAUCAGUCAAAAUCAUUGGCUUCCAAAGCUCAUCCUUUGCAAUUUUGAACCCAGUAAUUAGGCAUCACUAAAUUUUAAUCCACUGAAUUUCAAUUUAAUUAAGUAAACAUACAAUGUAAUAUUUGGUCAAUUUUUCUUUGAAUUUUUUGCAAAAAAAAAAGGGGGGGCAAAGGAUUAAAAUUUCAAAUUUGAUAUGACUUUCCUUCGAUGUUUCCAUUUUCACUAUUGCUUAGAAUACAUGGCUUCAUUGUAAUAUACUAUGACUUGGAUGUUAGAAUGUGACUGUAAACUUAGCACUGCACACUGAUUUCUUGAUCACUUAGUUUUAGGGUAUUGUUUCUAGGAGAAGUUGAUCUGAUUUUCUGUUGUUGAGAUUAGCACCGUUGUUGUUGUGUAGAUGUCGGGAUACACUGUCAAGUGUAGCUUCAUCGAUGUUCUGUAUUGUCAUUAUGUUUUCAAUAAAUUUUUAAAAACAAUUAAA